AAAAUAAGUUCAAAACGAGUGUACCUUUUUCUUACCUGGCCUAGCCUAUCGCAUAAUGAAGUGAUAACUUUUUUUUUUUAAUGAGUAAGUUGCUUUCUAAUUUAAUAACAAAAGUGCUGAAACUGAAAUCACAAAGCACAAUACAUUUAAAGUUACAAGCCGAUUGUUGUUUGUAGUUGCUACAAGUUUGGUGGGGGGGGCAGUCUUGGAUUGCUCCCUGCAAGAAGGCUCGUUGUGUGCUCAGCACUGUCUGAAUAAUUUGCUACAAGGGGAAUAUUUUAGUCCUGUUGAAUUAUCCUCUAUUGCACAGCAGUUGGAUGAGGAAGAAAGAAUGAGAAUGGCAGAAGGAGGAGUGUCUAGUGAAGAAUAUAGAACAUUUUUACAGCAGCCUUCUGUAAAUAUGGAUGAUAGUGGAUUCUUCUCAAUUCAAGUUAUAAGCAAUGCCUUGAAAGUUUGGGGUUUAGAACUAGUCCUCUUCAACAGCCCAGAGUAUCAGAGGCUUGGGAUCGACCCUAUAAAUGAAAAAUCAUUUAUUUGUAAUUAUAAGGAACACUGGUUUACAGUUCGAAAGUUAGGAAAACAGUGGUUUAACUUGAACUCUCUCUUGAUGGGUCCAGAACUAAUAUCAGAUACAUAUCUUGCACUUUUCUUGGCUCAAUUACAACAGGAAGGUUAUUCCAUAUUUGUAGUAAAAGGUGACCUGCCAGACUGUGAGGCUGAUCAGCUAUUGCAGAUGAUUCGAGUACAGCAGAUACAGCGACCAAAACUAAUUGGAGAAGAGACAGCACAAUCAAGAGAUCAGAGGCUACCCAGAAGUGAUGUGGACCAAGCAAUAGACGUUAACCACCCUUUUGAUGGAACAGGCAUGCUAGAUGAAGAUGAAGAGAAUUUUCAGAAAGCCUUGGCUCUAAGUAGGCAGGAAAUGGAUAUGGAAGAUGAAGAAGCUGAUCUUCGCAGAGCCAUUCAACUCAGCAUGCAAGGUAGUCGUCGAAGUGAGAUCUCAGGCUCAUUACCACAGAAUGUUCCUCAGCUGCCUCAUACCAGUCAGACAGACUCCCUUUCUUCAGAAGAACUGCGAAGGAGAAGACAAGCAUAUUUUGAAAAGCAGCAACAACAGCUACAGCAGCAAGAUCGGACUCAAAACCUACACAAUAAGCCAACUCUAAGCUCAGGCACUCCGGAAGCUGACCCAGGAGGUGAUAUGAGUGAAGAAGACAUGCUUCAGGCAGCUAUGAAUAUGUCUCUGGAAUCUGUUAGAAACCACUUGAAUACAGAAGAAGAGAAAUGAAUUAACUUUUUUUCCCCCCCUCUUAUUGUCAAAACACUUAAGUCUCCAUUGUAAUUUUUCUGUGUGGAUGUUGCACAAGCAGGGUUCAUUUUAGAGUUCUGGAAGCAGGAAUGAAAGGGAGCUGGAGGUCAGUGUGGAGGGAAUCUGCAAUUACAAAAAAGAUUGCACUAAUUUAGAAAACUUUGGCACUCCUACUACAGAACCUUUGUUCACAAGAGUAGCUGUAUUAAAAUUACUUAAACUGUUCACAUGAACCAAGUUAGACAUGUGUAGCACAAGGAACUUGCAUUUAAAAAGCAAGUUUAAAUUGUUUUGAAGACCUUUAAAGGAAAUACAGAAGGUACUGAAAGCUGGCAUCAACUUAUCUCCUUUAGUACCAAUGGAAAAAUAGAUACAAGUCAUAAAUUGUACUCAUAAAUGAUGAAUUUCUUCGUAAGAAAUCUCUUAAAAUGGGAAGAAGAAUUCUGUUUAUCUUAGAUAAUUUGUUUUGUGAUUGUUUAUUGUGAAUGAGUUAAUGUCAGCUUUUCAAUCCUGCUGUCCACUUUUGAAAUGACCCAUUUUGCAGGAGAGACAUAGAAUCAUAGGAUCGUAGAAUAGUUUGGUUUGGAAGGGACUUUCAAAGGUCAUCUAGUCCAAGCCCCCUGCAAUGACCAGGGACAUCUUUAACUAGAUCAGGUUGUCCAGAACCACAUCCAGCCUGGCCUUCAAUGUCUCCAAGGAUGGUGCAUCCACCACCUCUCUGGGCAACCUGUGCCGGUAUUGUGCCACCCUCAUUGUAAAGAAAUUUUUCCUCGCACCCACCCCAAAUCUCCCCUCUUUCAGUUUAAAACCAUCACCCCUCAUCCUACCGCAACAGGUCCUGCUAAAAAGCCUCUCCCCAUCUUUCUUAUAAGCCCCUUUUAAGUACUGAAAGGCUGCAGUAAGGUUUCCCCAGAGUCUUCUCCAGGCUGAACAACCCCAAUUCUCUUAGCUGUUCCUCAUAGCAGAGGUGCUCCAUCCCUCUGAUCGUUUUUGUGGCCCUUCUCUGGACCCUCUCCAACAGGUCCAUGUCUUUCCUGUACUGAGGACUCCAGAGCUGGAUGCAGUACUUCAGGUGGGGUCUCACGAGCAGAGUAGAGAGGUAAAAUCGCCUCCCUCGACCUGCUGGCCAUGCUUAUUUGAAUGCAGCCCAAGAUACGAUUGACCUUCUGGGCUGCAAGCGCACAUUGCUGGCUCAUAUCCAAUCUUUAAUCCACCAGUAACCUCAAGUCCUGGGUGACUCCCAGUCCAAGUUCUGGGGUACUCUCAGUCCCUUAUCACCCACCCUGUAUUGAUAGCGGGGGUUGUCCUGACCUAGGUGCAGGACCCUGCAAUUGGCCCCAUUGAACCUCAUGAGGUUUGCAUGGGCCCACCUCUCGAGCCUGUCCAAGUCCCUCUGAAUAGCUUCCCAUCCCUCAGGUAUGUCAACUGUACCAUGCAGCUUUGUGUCAUCUGCAAACUUGCUGACGACGCACUCAAUCCCACAGUCUAUGUUGUUCAUGAAUAGUGUCUUCAGAGUACUGGAAUACUGGUCCCAGUACAGACCUCUAAGGACAUAAAUUUUGCAAUUCGAGAGAUAAUCAUCAGUGUGUUGUUUAUAAAGAUGUUACUCCUGAAUCAGUGACCUCUGACCUUCUAACAUUUUCUGGUUUUACUUUGAAUUCCAACUCUAAAAUUUUCAGAUCCAUGUUUAAAGUAGGAUUUUUUUCAUUGCCCUAUCAUUUUUUGGCAGAUAUACUUGACACCUUUGGUUUGUUGGGUUUUUUGGUUUGGUUUUUUUUUAUUUGUUUUUGUUUGCUUAGGCUCUUUCCAGUUAUGCCACUGUCUUUACUAUAAAAGUAGCAUAUAAUCAGUUGGGUUAAACAGGUUUUAUUUUCUACCUCUUCUGGAGUCUUUUUUUCCUCUUCAAGCUCAACCCUUCUGGUCUUUCAGUAGGAAAGAGCUGUAACUGAGUCUAGGAGAAAGGAGGAGGGGAUUUAGGUGCCAUAAAGUCAGUGCCACACAUAUAAGUUGCAUUCCUGCAGUCUGAAAUGACCCCUGUGCAAACUGCUCUUUUAAGAAUGAAUAUUUAUGUCUGUGUGGAUGUUCUUUCUGAAAUGCUUUUCAUGAGUGUCUGUCAGAAUGUCGCAGCUUUUUCAGGAAUGGCCUUUAUUCGCGCACCUUACAAUUUUUUAUCAUGCUGUUUCUGAUCCUGAGAAAAACUGGGGAGCAAAGUAUGUGAGUAGCUUAAGCUAUUGGUUGUAAGACAGUUGCUUUGAUAUCCAGGAUGAAUGUGUAACAGGGUGACCAAACCUGACUUUCAACUUCAGUGCAACAAUUGAGAUACGUUACAUUUUCCUAAAUGGUGCUUGAAAUACAAGUUCUGUUUACAUAUAAAUUAAAUGGAAAUAUGUUGUAGAUAAGAGUAUGUAAGCUGUAGUCCACAUAAUGCAUUAACAUUUAGCACAGGCAUUCUGAGAAUCUUUUGAAGAUAACCCUAAAUUUCUUUAUCAAAAUAUUCUAAAGUUAGAUCAUUGCACAAUAGUAACAUUUAAUUAAAAUUAGUAUGAAAUGAAUGGUAGUUAGAUGGAAAUACACAUUCAGCAUCAGGUAGUACUGUACAUGAAAGGGCUCUUACCUCUCAGUAAAGAUUUGUUUACAACAAUGGUUUCUUGAUAUUUUAGGAUAUUAUGUUAUACAUAGUUUGACUAAAUUCUGUUUUCCUUACCUGUGUGCUGAAUUUCCACCAAUGUCACCAGAACCACUGUAUGUGUAAGACAGGAUGGAUUUUGGCAUGCAACAGCACUACUUUUUAAAAGCUUAUUUUAAAUUUUGUCUUUUUUAAAAUAACCCUGUCAUGCACAUUAUAAUUAAUAGUUGUAAUGUCUCAAAUUAAUACAGCUAAACAAUGGCUUUAAAAGUCCAUGUGUGCAUAUGCCAUUUUGAAAUGCUUUGUAUGUUUUUCAGGAUGAAAAUUUCUGCUUUCAGUUUAAAACUUACAUGAAACUGAAAACAGGAAAGAAGUCUCUAAAGCACUGAAUUAUUUCCUUACUUGUCUGUAAAUUAUCCACAGCUUUAAUUUCCUGUCUUUUUUGUGCCAUGAACUGAUUCUGAAAUAAGACUCUCGGUUUUAUAAAUAGGUAUAGGCUGGCAAUUUGAUACCAGUACUUGGAACCUGGACCUUUUAUCCCCUAUUAUAUAAAAAUAUAUUAUUUCUAUAGCUAUAUAGUGUGGCAGCCCUAUAUUAAAAAAUAAAAAAAAAGCCCCUUGAAUUGCAUUAACUGUAACCUGUGACAAUUACAUGUUUUUAUAAUCACUAAAACAUGGAAGUUUGCAUUUGAACUUUCAUGCCACGUUGUAAAUUACUUAAUCACCCAAGUGUUUUAAUAUGUAAGGAAUAUAAAGUAACAGUGCCUGAAAAGCACAACUGUGUCAAUCGUUACAGGGCUAACCAUAUUGCUUUCUGUGCAGAAACAGUGUCACUCUGCAAAUACCAAUAUGAUUUUCAGAGGCAUGUCAAGUUUCAUGAAGUAGGUGAAUCAGCCUAGUCAACUAGUUACGAGGUAGCAAUUUAAGCUAUGCAUGUUAAUUGCACCAAAGGAAAAGACUAAUACUAAUUGGUGACAGUACAUAGUUUAUAACCCAGACCUAAAGUUCAAAAUGUGUGGACUUGCCAAGGAACUGUCAAUAAAAAGCCAGUCUCAUUUUUUGGCAUGCAUUCUUUUGGUGAUAAACAGUUCUCAACGUGGCUGAACUAUGCUCAUAAGGCAUUUAUUAAUAUAGAAGCCUAUGCCUACUGUUAUCUGUUCUGUCAAGCUGAAGUGUUUUUUGCAUGUAGUAGCUUUAGGCCAAAGUCCAUUGUAAAGGAGCAGAAAUUGAUUUUUUUAUUACAGUAUGAUAAAUGAGGGAAUUUUAGACUUCAUUCAGCCAACACAUUUUUAUUGUCUUCCUUGCAGUGAACGGUCUGUGUGACCGCUAUGUAAUUUAUGUUUUCCUGCCUAUAGAAAUCAAAGGCAUAGGCAGAAUGAGUGAUACUUACAUUAAAUAUCUUCCAAAAUUACUUCUGUAAGUAUAAUCUGUAAACUGUUUUAAAGAUCUUUUAAUGAGGGCGGGAAGAAAAAGUCUUGUAAUGCAGUCAUGCUUGAAUGCAAUUCUUGUUAGGCACAGCAGGGAUAAAUAUGAUCUAUUUAAAUGUUUUCAUUUUUCUGGGAUUGAAACUAAUCUGGUACAAUACUGGCUUACUCUCCAACAUUCGGGCUCCUUGUGCCCUUCAAACAACUUCAGCAAGUUUAAAUGUAAUUUUCAGAUAAGGUACUAUUUUUCAUACUUACUUUGCAGACUACUUAAAAAUAACCAAUACAAAGUUAAAUCUCCAAUGUGUUUUAAUGUUGGGCUAUUAUUACUAUUACAAAUCUGUAAAAUGGUGGGGAGUUAAAAAUGUCUUCUGCACAUGUCUAGUAAAGAAUUGUAUUUCUGUAUCUCAAGACUAAUAUUAUUAUUUGCAAUCUGCUUUAUUACAAAACUGACAAUUAGGCUUUUAAAAAUUAACAACAUGUUACAGUUCUAAAAUGUCUGUGAAAUUUUGUAGAAUUUAUUGUUUCAAAUAAUGAUGAAAACAUACAAAUGGUGGCCUUUGUACUAGGAAAUAUUAUGGGGAAUGGGAUUGGAGAACUCUAGUUACUCAGACUUACAAAGGAGUAGUAUUGUACAACUCAUUUUACCAGGGCAUACUUUUAAAGUAAUCUAAAAAAGAAUCCAAGGAAAAGAAAAUUUGAAGUGGAAACUUUAAGGGGUUAGAUAUAAAAUUGCGUUCCUCACUGGGUAAUCCAUUACAGUCUUGACUACACCAAACUUAACUCCUGGGAAAUCUUCAUAAUUACUCACAAAUCAUUAAAAAAACAAAAACCAAAAACCAAAAUUUACAGGUAAUAAAUUAUAUAAACUCGUUUCCUACAUAAAUCAGUUGUUCAAGUAGGAACAAUAUUUAAUACAUACAAACUGGCUCCAUUAAAAUACUUGAUUCUUCACUUCGAAUUAGUAGCUUCUUUGUGUUGUAUCCAGGUUUGCAUCUGAAAAGCAUGAGCUGUUUUGCAAUAAACUUUUUUAACCUGCAUACACACAUUUUGCCUUAUUUGUAUUUCGGACAUGGAGGGAAUGCUUCAGUAUUUAGCCUGCUAUAGUCACCUCCUUCCUCAACUGCAGUUCUUCAGAAUGUUGAAGUACCUGUGAUUUUUCAACUGCUUUUACCAAAUCAAAGUGUUUUACUUUAUUUUCUUGGUUCAGAAAAGCAAAUAAUUGUUACUACACUUAGAAUUUUAUUUUUUUUCCCCUAAUACCCCUCUCCCCCCCCUGUAUAGCCACUGUGUGAAUUCAGGAAAGGAAACUUAUAAAAGGGUUUGGACAGAAAGGGAUGUAAUAUUUAAAUGCCACUGGGCAAAAAAA